AUGGCUUCUCUUUGGACUGCAAAAGCUCCCCCGGAUCCGCCAGAGCCAAUUCCAAAGGACGAUGCUGAUGUCGCAGAUACUGGCCUUGCAGAUAUUGGCCUUCCAGUUCCCCAGCCAGCUGCCUCCACCAGCGCUCCCAUAGCAAAGCCCCAGCUUCAGAGAAACCAACCUCAACCGCCUCCACCGCACCAGCCCCCACCCCCACCAUCUCCCCAACAAGUUGGCAACCCAAAUGACUCCCUAUCAUUAAUGCAGCUACGGCGUAUCGUCACCGAAUUUCCAAAAGCUGAUCCGAGCACCUAUGCGUUUACCUAUGCCGACACGGCGACAUUUGAGGAGGAGGUGGAUGAAUGGUUCUCAUACAACGAAGCGGAAUACAAGCGGCUCCACCGAGCAAAGGACACAUUUGGGAGAAGAUGGCGGAAAUUUUCAGGGAAAGCCUGGUUAGAAGUUGAUCAAGGCAAGCGGCAAAGCUUUGUCGAACGCGAGGUGAAUGGCCUUCUUGCGACCGAUCUUCGACGGCGUUGUAAGAGUCUACAGACCCUUCUACAUACUAUCCUUGGAGUGUGGGAUGAGACAGCUGGGAUAGAGCUUGAGAAACCGGAUUCUCCAAAAUGCAAAACCAAGGCUACACAAAUUCAAUUGGAACACAUGAAAUCUGGUAUUCUACUUGUUGCUCGCGCAGGUGGUAUACCCCUCUUGGAUGAUGACUUUCGGGAAACAAAACUAUUAGAAGAAGAUAUCCCCUUCAUUCAAGAUGAAUUGGAUAAUGUAACGACCAUCACCUACCUGCUCAUUGAAAGUGUUCGUGACGAUCCUAUCACUCUAGAAUCCCCGCGGAUGAAGCUUCUUGAACUUAACCCAAACCUGGUUGACUAUUUGGUCACUGUGACCGCGAGGCUCAGAUGGGACGAGGCGAAUGAGUUACCACAAACAAGGAUAUUUCUCCUUUUCUGGAAAGCUGUCUUGCUCGUCUUUGGGGGAGCCGCAGAAGUCGAUGAGGUCAAGAAAGCCACGAGUGAGCUGAAAGGUUCUAGCAGCGAACUUAUUACAGCCUCACCCCUCGAUUAUCACAUUUUCCGUCAAGAGAUUACUUCCAAAUAUCCCGCAUAUACACCCCCCCUGCCAUUACUUCCCCUUGAGCCCGACAAUAACUCAAUUCUUCCACCAUUACCAAAUCGGCCUAGCCGAGCAAGUGGCGCUGGCAUAAUACCUGCUGCGAAUGUCAAUAGUAGUGGCGCUUCAAUCCUUCAUCAGCCUGUGCACAUCGCCACACCAGCGCCCUCGCCACCUCCAUCCCCACCUGUAGGUGGUAAAGCGGGAAAGAAACAAAAUUAUCAAACAAACCAGAAUUUUCCAUUCAUGUAUCCUCCGUUAGAUAGUACCAGCAAUAGUGCUGGCGGGAAGGGUGCAGCUGGUUUGCAGGAACUUCUGGUUGGUUGUAAAUGGGAGGGUAGUGAUAUUCCCAAGUCAAUCCUGGAAGCCGGAGAAUUAUUUGCAAAACGGAUGCGCAUGACGAGAGCGAUGCGCCAGUUAUGGGAUGAAAGAGAACGGUUUCUCAAGUUCGAGCGAGGUUGGGAUAGCGAAAAUGAAGACGUGGAGGAGCUUGAUCUGGAGACAAUUCUAGCCCAGAAACUAACAACUCGUACCGAAUCGCCUAUGCCUGAUGUCGAUUGUGGGCCAAACACUAUUGACAACAAAGUGAAAAAUAAACUUGACCUUGUUGAAAGAUUUUAUCGCAAUUCGAUACCCCAUCUUCAAUCACUUGUCAUUGUGCUGCUCAAGGCCAUUCUGGCAAAUGUCACCUCGCUCAUAACCCAACCCGUUGGCCAAGGAGGACUUGCCCCUGGGUUCAGGUCUGAAGUUAAUCUCCGGGCCAACAUGGCGCAGAAUAGACCCCAAGAUCCUGCGAAUAUCCCUCUUCCGAAUAUCGUGGAGCCUUCAGAGUUGCCGAUUGAUGAAAUUGAAGCAAUGCGGUCUCGAGAGAUCACGGCUAAGGCCGUGUCUGGAAUUCUCCUGAUACUGUUGAAGUGGUUCAAGGUUUCACGUAAGGCUAUUGUUCCUGAGUACCGUUCUCUUCUAACGUUGUUAGACGUCUUGAAAUUUGAGUAUUUUACUCAACUUCUUCUCGAUUCGAACUAUCUCCCCCUGGUUCUGAAGCUCUUCGCGCACCAAGAGAUUGAUAGAGUGGUGGAUAGCAAGACUGACCGUGAUGACAUGAGCUUCUUCGCGUUCUGUAACGCCAAUAGUAAAAACACCCCCUCGACUGAACUUGAGGAAGACAGCGAUGACGCAGCACCACCACCUAUAAAAGUCCAUCGAGAACUUCCAGUUGCAGAUCCUGAAGACAAGCUUCCAGCCCUCGCAUUCCAAGAAGGGCAAAUGGCCGGAAAACGGGAUCCUCCCCAAGUUGACGAGCUUGGGUAUCCAACUAGUGAACUUGCGUCCGAACCGAUAACAGAUUUUUCAUGGCGGAACUUCUUCUCCAGCAUCAAUUUUCUACGCAUCAUGCAGAAGAUCUGCAAAAAUAAAGCCCACCGCAAUCUACUCCUUGUCCAAUACAAAUCAUCAAACAUACUCAAAAAAUCCCUGAAGAUACCACAGCCGGAAUUACGUCUUUACACAUUGAAGCUCUUCAAAAGCCAAGUUCCAUACUGUGGCCGAAAAUGGCGACAGGGAAAUAUGCGUGUUAUCACAGCUGUAUACCUUCACUGUCGGCCUGAACUGCGCGAUGAUUGGUUGGCCGGUAGCGAUGUGGAUGCCGAGGUCGAAGAAGCGCUUCCGCUUGAGCAAGCCUUGCGUGCGUUGACACACUGGCAUAACAUUAAGCGGUAUCCCGAUCAGAUGGGCGCCGAUACGAAACUAUUGGAGGAGGAGCACGAUUUCUUCGUCAGGGAAUUAGACAAGAUGGUGUGGAUUGAGGAUGGCAAUAUAGAUGGAGAAAGCGCGGAUGGAUGGGAUGGUAUGAGUAAUGCUGGUUGGUGA